AGUACAGUACUAGCACAGCGUAUGAGCUUGUUAUCUAGCAAACCAGAAAGUAAUGAUAAUUACGAACCUUAUGUUUAUUUAAAACAACGUUUUGCAUGGAUUUUACAUGUUACCAGUCUUCGCUAG